AAUAGGCGACGUUUUUUAGUCUGAAGAAGGGUUUCGGCCCGAAACGUCGCGUAUUUCCCUCGCUCCAUAGAUGCUGCUGCAUCCGCUGAGUUUCUCCAGCAUUUUUGUGUACCUGGGCAGCAGUGAGGUGGGGAUACAGCGCUCUGCUCCCUGGUGGCGGCGACGGCCUGGGCAGCAGUGAGGUGGGAGUGACGGCGGCCUGGGCAGUGAGGUGGGGGUACAGCGCUCUGCUCCCUGGUGGUGGUGAGGGCGGCCUGGGCAGCGAGGUGGGGAUGCAGCGCUCUACUCUCUGGUGGCGGUGGCCUGGGCAAUGAGUUGGGGGUGUAGCGCUCUGCUGGUGGUGGUAACGGCGGUGUACCUGGGCAGUAAGUUUGGGGGGGCAGCGCUCUGCUCUGCUGGUGGUGGUGACGGCGGCCUGGGCAGUGAGGUGGGAGUGCAGCGCUGUGCUCCGCGGUGGCUUGGGCAGUGAGGUGGGAGUGCAGCGCAGCACUCGGAUCCCAGUGCUCAGCUCUCAGUGCUGGGCAGCGAAGUGGCAGCGCGGCGCUCUGAUGGGAGCCUGGGCAGCGAAGUGGGAGCUUGGCGCUCAGCUCUCUGCUGGACAUCAUCUGAAACAUGUUGGUGUCCCAGGAGAAUGGAGUAUAGGGUGAUUUCACUAAAGGUCACUGGAGCGUGGAUCCGCACCCACGUGACCAAAAUUCUCAAGUGGAGGACACUCGAGGGUCCCGGUACAUGUUAGUGGAUGGGGAAAAUCGCAUUUUCCCACCCGUUAAAAACAUAGAAAACGGCGAGGUUGAGAGCUGCAAUUUACUGUGCCAGUCGGGGUGACUGUGAGGCACAGCUACCUAGAUUUACAGGGGGAAAAAAAGAUAGCAAGUAAGGUAAAUUCAAGAGGGAACUGAAGGUGCCAAUCCAGCGGAAGUCAGCAGCCGACAUUUGCCGUGGAUAUUUAAAGGUCCAAAAUAUCGGGAAUUAUCGCGUUUUCCCGCUGAAUUUCAUCAAAAAUGCUACUUGAUCUGCUGUUCUUGCAUCAGAUUGUUUGAUGCUGAAGAGCCCAAAGCUUGAUACUGAUUCACCCAAAUUUUCGCUUUGUUAUGGCAAUAUCUACUUCAGGGAACAAUUUAUUAAAAGGAUCAUGGAUUUCCCGGGGCACUUUGAUCAAGUUUUCCAGCAGCUGAACUACCAGCGGCUUCACGGACAGCUCUGUGACUGUGUGAUUGUUGUUGGGAGCCGACAUUUCAAAGCACAUCGCUCUGUGCUUGCAGCUUGCAGCACCCACUUCCGAGCGCUCUUUACUGUCCCCGAGACGGAUCAAUCGCUGAACAUGGUUCAACUCGACAGUGAAGUGGUCACGGCAGAGGCUUUUGCAGCCCUUGUUGAAAUGAUGUACACCUCCACUCUGAUGCUGGGAGAGAGUAAUGUCAUGGAUGUGCUUCUAGCAGCUUCCCACCUCCACCUCAACUCUGUGGUGAAGGCAUGCAAACAUUACUUAACAACCAGGACUGUGCCAAUGUCUCCCACUAGCGAAAGGCUUCAGGAACAAAAUGCUCGCAUGCAAAGGUCUUUCCUACUUCAGCAGCUGGGCUUGAGCUUGGUGAACUCAGCCCUCAGCUCCAGUCAGACAAUGGACGAGCAGGUGGGGGUGAACUCGUCGCUGCGUCACCACUUGGAGGAUCAGUCGACCGCGUUUCCAGUGAGGCGGCUGCAGAAAAGAAAAGCCAUCCCCGACGAGAGAUCAAAGCAGAGGAUUCGGCCGUCGAUAGAUGAAUCCAUCAUCAGUGAAGGAACAUCAGAUAACGGGCAGGGUGUGGUGCAUACGUGUGGGGAGCUGUUUGCACCAGAUUCCUUGAAAUUGGGUGAUGGCUCUAAAACUGAUGCAGGUGUUGAAAACCAGGUGGAAAAUGCAAUGAUUUUUGAGCAGGCCUUUAGCAUGCCGGAUGAUAAUCAGGUGCCCAGUCAGUCAGACAAAGGUGUAAGCCAUUCCCAGGUGUCUGUAGCUUCACAAGCGACUCACAUUGAAACCGGAUUCAACCAAGAAUCUGUAAAUGAGAAAUCGGAUUUUCAUUCCGAGACAACAGAAAUUCACAUCAACGGAAACGAGGACCAGGUCCGAAUUGUGGUGAAGGCUGAGCCGUUGAGCUCACCUGAUCCUCAAGAUGAGACUAGCGAUGCUGCCUCGCAGGCUGAAGGGAGUGAGUCAGUGGAGGUGGAAGGAGGAAUGCCCAGCGCAGAAAAGCUGGAGCUUAGUCCAGAGAGCAGUGAUCGAAGUUUCUCUGAUCCUCAGUCUAGUACAGACAGAGUCACUGACAUACACAUUCUUGAAUCUGCAAACACAGACAUAAAAACUCCCUUUCAUAUUUCCACCUUUUUGAAUAAGAACCGAACAAGCAGCUUCAGUGGGGGCCAAAGUGUAGACACCAACCUUCCAAACACAAAUGAUGGGAGACUUGAGAAUGAAGCUUCUUACUUAAUGAGCUCAGUGUCCAGUGUUUCUGCUGGUGUCAAUUCAACCAUGGUAACACCUCGAAUGGAGAAUCCAUUUAACGACGGUCCUGAUUCUCACUUCAUGCGACCGAUGCAGGACUUGUUGGGCCUGUCGUGCUCGCAGUCUUCCGAGUACAAAACUGGAGAACCAUUCAGAUUGGAAUUUCCAAUGCCCAACUCUGGAUUGCAUUCACUUUCCAGGCAAUCGAUCAUCUCGUCACGAGGAGGAGCCAGUAACUUCCCAGGUUAUCGCCGCAUUGCCCCGAAAAUGCCAAUCGUGAGCUCUGUGGGAGACGGAGGUUCUGGGUUGCAAGACACUGGCUCCAAUUCCCAGGUCCGCAUACUGAACAGUACCUUGUCCGCUUCCGAAAAAAAUCAUUCUCUGCAGCCAGGCCCUCCUCAGCUGACACGGGCAUCUGCAGACGUACUUUCAAAGUGCAAGAAAGCCAUGUCGGAACACAAUGUGUUGGUGGUGGAAGGUGCCCGCAAGUAUGCGUGUAAAAUCUGCUGCAAGACAUUUUUAACAUUAACGGAUUGCAAGAAACACAUUCGUGUUCACACAGGAGAAAAGCCCUAUGCAUGUUUAAAAUGCGGGAAAAGAUUCAGUCAGUCGAGUCACUUAUACAAGCAUUCUAAAACCACUUGCUUGAGAUGGCAUGGCAGCAACUUGCCAAGUACUCUACUUUGAGAAAGACAUUCAGCACCGUUUGUAUUUGCUGCUGUAAAAGGUGUUGCCUUUUUUUUUUAAAGCCCCUGUAAAGUGAAUAUAAUGAAAAUAGACUUUUGACCUGCAAUUAACAGCAAAGUGUCAGUAAGGUGCCGAGUUCAGAGCAAACUACAUUUUGUAGAAUUUAGCAACUGUAAAAUAUAUGUAUUGCACUUUUCUAUACUGUUCAGCUAUUUUAUUUCAGUAGUUGCUGACUAACCAAAAUCUGCAAAGUAAUUAGCACAGAAUUGUCUGUUUGUGUAUUUUCGGAAAUUAUAGCUUGUGUUGUAUCUAGAUGUAUAAAUCAAGGAGCAAAAAAGAUCUGUAGGUUGAAUAUGUUGACCAGUGAUUAUGUAUUUAUGUGGGGUGGGAGGGUUGGGGGAGUAGCUGGGGAGGCUUGAACCUCACUAUCCACUGGUGAUCAAGCCUUUAUAAUUAUAUAUAUUACUGAGCAGGAGACAGGUAAUAAUCUACAUUGACCAUAUGUUGAUCUUGCAAAUCAACAAAAGGUAUUCUGGUCCAAAAAUAAAACCCUUCAGAUGUGGAAAAAUUGAAAUCAAUCAUAAAAUGCAGAAAUACGUUGCAGCUCAAGUAGCUUCUGUGGGGAGAGAAAUAUGUUUUACACCAUUUAUCAUCAACAAGAGGUAGCGCCUGAAAGAAUAAUUAGAUGUACCAUCUGAAGAGAUUAAAGUAUAAUGAAAGGGGGCUAUGAAUGAAGAGAAUUGCCUUUGGAUUUGUUUUGAUCUGGUGAAAUUAACCCAGUUCUGAUGGGGCUCUGGCUGAAGGUACAGAAUGUUCAGAAUUUAACUGGCGAGUAUUUAUAAAGUUGGAGCAGAAGCUUUAGGAACAUGGAGAUUUAAGGAAAUCUCCGUCCCAUACUGUUCACGCUCUGUAUGGUGGAGUGAACACAGUGCACCUGAGCAAUGCACACAAGCAUUAUUUUGUAGAUCAGGUUAUUGUUUAUUGAGAUAUACUGAUGUCAUUCAUUAACUCUCCACUGGAAUCAACAGCAACUCAUUUAACUUCAGAAUGUACACAUUAGUCUCUGUUCUAGUGUUUCCUUUCAUAGAAACAUAGAAAAUAGGUGCAGGAGGAGACCAUUCAGCCCUUCGAGCCAGCACCGCCAUUCAUUGUGAUCAUGGCUGAUCGUCACCUAUCAAUAACCCUUGCCUGCCUUCUCCCCAUAUCCCUUGAUUCCACUAGCCCCUAGAGCUCUAUCUAACUCUCUCUUAAAUCCAUCCAGUGAUUUGGCCUCCACUGCCCUCUGGCAAAGUUUUUUCUCACCACAGUCUUAAAUGACCUCCGCUUUAUUCUAAGACCGUGGCCCCUGGUUCUGAACUGUCCAGUCCUUUUAUAAUUUUAUAUGUUUCUAUAAAAUAUCCCCUCAUCCUUCUAACCUCCAGUGAAUACAAGCCUAGACUUUUCAAUCUUUCUUCAUUUGACAGUCCCGCCAUCCCAGGGAUCAAUCUCGUGAACCUACGCUGCACUGCCUCAAUCACAAGGAUGUCCUUCCUCAAAUUAGGAGCCAAAACUGUCCACAAUACUCCAUAUGUGGUCUCACCAGAGCCCUAUACAACUGCAGAAGAACCUCUUUACUCCUAUACUGAAAUCAUCUUGUUAUGAAGGCCAACAUGCCAUUAGCUUUCUUGACUGCCUGCUGUACCUGCACGUCAACUUUCAGUGACCGGUGUACAAGGACACCCAGGUUUCGCUGCACCUCCCCCUUACCUAACCUAACCUCAUUGAGAUAAUAAUCUGCCCUUGUUUUUACCGCCAAAGUUGAUAACCUCACACUUAUCUAUAUUAUACUGUAUCUGCCACGCAUCUGCCCACUCACUCAACCUGUCCAGGUUACCCUGCAAUCUCAUAACAUCCUCUUCACAGUUCACACUGCCACCCAGCUUUGUGUCAUCCGCUAGUGUUGCUCCUAAUUCCCUCUUCCAAAUCAUUAAUAUAUAUGGUAAACUGUUGUGGCCCCAACACAGAGCCUUGCGGCAUUCCACUCGCCACUGCCUGCCAUUCUGAAAAGGACCUGUGCACUCCUACUCUUUGCUUCCGGUCUGCCAACCAAUUUUCUAUCCAUGUCAACACCCUACCCCCAAUACCAUGUGCUCUAAUUUUAGUCACCAGUCUCCCGUGCGUGACCUUGUAAAAGGCUUUCUGAAAGUCUAGAUACACUACAUCCACUGGCUCCCCUUCAUCCAUUUUACUUGUCACAUCCUCAAAAGAUUCCAGAAGAUUAGUCAAGCAUGAUUUCCCUUUCAUAAAUCCAUGUUGACUUGGACUAAUCCUUUUACUGCUAUCCAAAUGCCCCAUUAUUACCUCUUUAAUAAUUGGCUCCAGCAUCUUUCCCACCACCGAAGUCAGGCUAACUGGUCUGUAAUUCCCCGUUUUCUCUCUCGCUCCUUUCUUGAAAAGUGGGAUAACAUUAGCUAUCCUCCAAUCCACAGGGACUGAUCCUGAAUCUAUUGAACAUUGGAAAAUGAUCACCAAUGUGUCCACUAUUUCUAGAGCCACCUCCCUGACGACCCUGAGAUGGAGACCAUCAGGCCCAGGGGAUUUAUCAUCCUUUAGUUCCUCUUCCUCCUUAGAUCCUCUGUCCUCCAGCACAUCUGGGAGAUUGUUUGUGUCUUCCUUAGUGAAAUAAACAUACAACAUGGAGAGGAUGAGGGUUGCAUCGAUGAGAAGGUGUUGCUUGGGCGAUGAAGCCCUUUCAUGGACAUAGACAAGGUGGUAAUGUAGUGGGAGAAUGCAAAAUCUUGGAACAUGAAUUGGACAAAAUGGCUUGCCAGAGAUAAAAUUUAAAUCGUGAAGCAAUUGCUUACAAAAAAAGGUUGUUUCAAUGGGAUCAUCUAACUGCACUGAUUAUUUGAUUGAUUCUUAGUUCUUGUUUCCAUUGUUGAUCCUUUCUGCUCUAAAGCUUCCCUUGUUCUCACUGCCCCUAGGUUUGAGAUAAAUAGUCACUUCCAAAAUACCAGCCAGCAGCUUGUGUGGAUCUGUGGAUCAGUGAGUCAUAACUAACAUGGACUUGUUUGUAACACUGGACACAGGCAGGUAAUAUAUUUUUCGUAGAUAGACAUAUAUGCUGGAGCAACUCAGCGGGCCGGGCACCGUCUUUGGAGAAAAUGGAUAGGUAAAGUUUUGGGUCGGGAACCUUCAGUCUGAAGAAGGGUCCUGACCCAGAAUGUCACCUAUCCACUUUCUCCAGAGAUGCUGCCUGACUCACUGAGUUACUCCAGCAUUUUGAGUCUAUCUUCAGUAUGAAACCACCAUCUGCAGUUCAUUUUUUAAUUAUAUUUAAAAUAUUUUUCAUUUGUAUCCAUUUCAGAAACUUGAAAUGAGAAUAUCCAGUCAUUGUAACUGAUUUCAGCUUUCAUUUUAUAAAUUUGAGUCAUAAAACAACAAAAUCAGUGUUCAAAGAGUGUCAAAAGUUAUAAUCUACAGGUGAAGUUUCAAAUAAGUGAUUAAUAUUGUCGCGUGUAAUCCAGAUCUCACAGCCAAAAUCCAAUUGUGACUUGGAACUUUAUGAAUACACUUUCAAAUGCAAGAGCGUUUCUGGAGUAUUAUGUCAACGGUCUGUGGUAUAUCUACAGGUUUCUGAAAACUACUACUGUUAAACUGAAGGUUGGCAUUAAUUGGCAUAAAAUUCCUUGCAUGCAAAAUUUCCUUUUAAUGUUUUUGACCCCAUAUUUGCUGCAUAAAUGUAUUUUAAUGUAUUUAGUAACGGUGACAUUAAGUGGCAGAUCUGAGCUGGGAAGGAGCACCAUCUUCAGCUGAUCCAAAGACUCAGCCACUUAGUCUAUUGCCAAAUCACGUGUAUCUGUCUGAAACAGUGAGAAGUGUGUUUAUAUUAUGAAUAUUGAAUAUGAAUAUUCCAGUGAUUAAUAUGCCAAAAAAAAACCUUCCUGAAUGAGAUUGGAGGAAUAAUAGUGAAAAUAGUCUAAAAUACUUUGUAGAAUCAUGUAAUGUUUAAGGUAGUACAAAUAAAACCUGUUCUCUGUUAAGUCAA